ACAAGGAGAUCGCCUGACUAGCUUGUUUUUGCGCGGGGUGUAUCGGACCCGAUGCCGUUUCGUCUUAUGGACGGUCGUUUGGCCCGCUCGUGACGCUACCUUUUCUUCCUACCAGUGGUUCUGCUUUUGGGCGGGUUAUCACUGUCCGACUUGCCUUUCUGGUCCUCUCUUGGCUUGUUCCCCUGUGGUUCAUCCACUUCACCGCGCCGAGCGUGUGUUUUGGCGGGUGCUUCAGCAGCCUCUGUUCCUCCAUGCGACCUGGCCCUUUUGCCAUCGUUUCGCCCACUACUUUUCCAUCAUCAGGACCGAGGGUGCACCAUCCCUUCCAUCACUCGGUCAGUGGUGGCGAGGGCACCUCACAGUCGGUCGGGCAUUUGACAUUUUUGUCAGCCCACUAUGGCUCAAAAAACCACAACAGCAAACCAGUCCGAAGAGCAGGCACAUUCGGGCAGUCGCACCUCGUCUGCCAAGGAAGGCACAGGAACAGCGAGCUCGGUCAAACAGUCGGCCAACUCUGACGGCUCGGGGCUCAUCCCGCCCUCGAUCCUGCCCAAAAUGUCUGACCGGUCAUCAAAUUCGACACCGGGCUCAGAAUCGCCACAGGCCCAGUCCAUGGAGAAGCCAUCGGCUGCUAGCUUGCAGCCGUCACAUUACGGCACACGGUCACGGAAUCGCACUGGCGCAGCACGACCAAAUUAUGCCGAGGACAAGGAUAUCGACCUAGAUAUUUUUGAUGCUUACCCAGCACAACGCAAAGAUGAUGACUCCAAAAAGCCGAGCACCAAGCAGCAAGGUGCACAGUCAACAGCGGUAGCAGCCAACGCAACCCAGCCUGCUGCACGCUCGAGCAAUGGCUCAUCAAGAAAGCCACUCCCAGAGGAUAAGCAGCUGAAUGGCGGCAAAGACGAGCAGCACGCCGCCACCCAGCCAUCAGCGGCAAAGUCUUCAUCGGCUAAUGGCACCGCUACGACAAACGGCGCCUCAAAGAGCAAGAAGCGCAAGGCUGCCGACGCCGCUUCGACGGCCAGCGGCAGUCAAACGCCAUCAGCGUCAAAUGGCACGUCAAUCUCCUCGGCUGUGCAAAAGCGCCUUGGAGUCAGUGGGCAAGGCACUGGAAGUGUCACGCCCAGCAGCGCUGGCUACGCAGAAACGAACAUGCUCACCUUUGAAAAAUGCAAGUCGAGGACUACCAAGGACGGGAAAAUGAUAGCCGACGAUGGGACAGUGCUCGAGGUGAAUGAUCAUGUCUACUUGGUCUGUGAGCCGCCUGGUGAGCCAUACUAUCUUGGCCGCAUCAUGGAGUUCUUGCACGUCAAGAACGACCCGGCCCUGCCAAUCGACGCGCUGCGCAUCAACUGGUACUACCGUCCCAAGGACAUCGGGCGCAAGGUGCAGGACACGCGUAUGGUCUUCGCAACGAUGCACUCAGACAUCAGCCCUCUGACGUCGCUGCGCGGCAAGUGUCAAAUCCGGCACAAGGCCGACGUCGAGAACCUCGCCAGCUACAAGCAGUCACCCGACUGCUUCUGGUAUGAGAAGUUGUAUGACCGAUACAUCCAGAAGAACUACGAGGUGAUCCCCACAAAGCAGGUCAUCAACGUGCCGGAGCACGUCAAGAAGGUGCUGGACGAGAGGUGGAAGUACGUGUUGACAGAACAGGGCCGCGGCAAGGAGCUGACCAGUGCGGUCAAAACGUGCAAGCGAUGCACCACCUACUGCGCGAACAACGACUCCGUCGACUGUGCCGUGUGUCAGAACACGUACCACAUGAACUGCGUUAAGCCACCCCUGCUCAAGAAGCCAAGCCGUGGCUUUGCCUGGUCCUGUGCCUCAUGCAGCCGCGCCCAGGAGCGCAAACUCGAGGCCCGCAACACACCCAAUGUCUCGGAUGCCCAAGCCGAUGUGGAGGAAGAUGAGGGCUGGGAUGACGAGGACGAAGAGAUGGGCGGUGUCGACGGCGUCGACACGGGCCGCACGAGUCGCACCAGCCCUGCCGAAGAGAACCUGCACCCGCCUCCAACCGCAGAGCAGAUUUACCACGCCAGCCUGUGGCCCUAUCGGUAUUUGGGGAUGCAUUGCAAAGUUGAAGACGCUCUUGAUCUGGACGACCGCAUCUUCCCUCGCGCGAGCACCCGGCUCGGCCUCCGCCACCAGGCAAUCGUGCCCGACUGGUACGGACGUCCGGUGCAAUACGUAAAGCCGCUCGAGUUCAAGAAAUCCGGCAAAAACAACAGCAAGCUCACGAAGGAGCAGCAAGCCCUUCUUGAGGCGGAGCGCAUCGAAAAGGAGAAGCGGCCAAAGUGGAUCCAGGACGAGCCCCCUGGAUACAUCGAGCGGGGCGGCGAUGAUACGUCGACCCUCCUCUACAAGCCUCCCGAAGACUGUGGCGUAAGCAUGUCCAGCGAGGCGCUUGACGAGUACAUGGACAAGGCGAGGUCGAUGGCGACUUCUCUGGGUCUGCCGCCCCGCUCGACCAACCUGCAGGAUGUUGCGAGGGACCUGCUCUUCCAAAGCGGCUUUGACCCGGAGAAAGCUCUUAAAGAGCUCGCCAAGGCCCCCAAGGCUCAGUUCAAGGAGCCCGAACUGACGCCGGCGGAACAAAAGAAGUUUGAGGAGGGUGUCGCCAAGUUCGGAUCCGAGCUGCACAGCGUCAAGAAACAUGUCAAGACUCUGAGCGCAGCCACCAUAACCCGUUACUAUUACACUUGGAAGAAGACAGAGCGCGGGAAACAGAUUUGGGGCAAUUUUUCGGGUCGCAAAGGCAAAAAGGACGCUAAGAAAGCGGAGGCAGCUGCGAAUAAGUUGGCCGAUGAUAUUGCCGACGAUCAUGACGACUCUGCCUUUGACACAGAUAAGGCCAGAGAGAAGAAGAAAGGAUUCAUGUGUAAGUUCUGCGGCACUAAGCAUUCGCGCCGGUGGCGACGAGCUCCGGUGGCUGCGGUGUCGACAGUCACGGAAAACGGCACCAAAAACGUUAAAGACAAGAAAGACCAGUACAUCCAGGCGCUUUGCCGGCGUUGUGCAGAGCUUUGGCGGCGGUAUGCGAUCCAAUGGGAGGAUGCGGACGAGCUGGCCAGGAAGGUGGCCCAAACCGGCGGCCGCGGGUGGAGGCGCAGGGUCGACGAGGAGCUGUACAGAGAACUGCUCGCGGCCGACGAGAUGAUGGACGACACCCGGCCCGCCUCACCGACUCCGACAGUGACGGCAAAACCGGGCAGUUCGGCUGCUGCUGCUCCGGAGCCCCCGCGCAAGAAACUGAAGGGGUUUACCGACAAGGAUACCGAAAAGACCCCGUCGGAGUCGGGCAGCGUAUCCGGUGCUGCGGCAUCAAAGAAGAAGGAGAAGGCGGCGGAGAAGCAUCAGCCUUCCCAACAACCCCCCGCCGGGCCGCCCCCUGUUCCGGAAAUUCCCAAACCACGGACGCUACCCUGCGCCGUCUGUGGGGAGAUGGAGCCGCUGGGAGACCAGCAUCUCUCAUGCAAAGAGUGUCGUAUGACGGUGCACCGGAAUUGCUACGGCGUCCUUGACAACCGUCCCGCUGGCAAAUGGACUUGCGAUAUGUGCCUCAACGACAAGAACCCGCAGUUGUCCAUACACUACAAAUGUGUCCUUUGUCCUGUGGAAUAUACUCCGCACGACUUUGUGGAGCCGCCCAAGAUCUCGAACUCCCACAAAAAGAAAACAGAGAAGGAGCGGGAGCGGGAGCGGAUGGAACGCGAGAAUGCCCAGAGAGCAGCCGAGUACUACCGCAAGAAGCAGGAAGAGAUGGGCCGCCCUGUCAAUCCUCGUGAGCCCCUGAAGCGGACCGCCGACAAUAACUGGGUGCAUGUGACCUGCGCUGUCUGGACGCCCGAGGUCAAAUUCGGCAAUGCGGAGGCGCUCAGUCCCAGCGAAGGCAUUCCCCUGAUCCAUCGGUCAAGGUACACUGAACUGUGCAAGGUCUGCAAGACGAAGAAGGGAGCGUGUGUGCUCUGCCACGCCUGCUUCAUGCCAGUUCAUGUGGAGUGUGCACACCAUGCCGGCUAUACCCUGGGUUUCGAGAUCACACCGGUCAAGGGCUCCCGCCGGGAUCAGUCCCGUAUCGUCACCAUCAACGGUGUGAACGGCGCAAUGUCAGCCCACGUGUGGUGCAAGGACCACACGCCGACUAAGACGACGGUGUAUCGGAUGUACGAGAUUAUGGAUGAGAGCGGAAUGACAGCCCUGCAGUUUUAUGCACAGAGUUUCAAGCAGGCUGACCUGACGCUGACGGGGUGUGCAAGGAAGGCGAACCAGAUUACGGUCGCUUCUAAGAUGUCGACUUCACCCACGUCGACCGCUGCCCACCAAAACCGGCGGGCUUCACUCGCCUCAACGGUCAACGGCGACCACGAAAAUGCAGGAUCGAGCGCUCUCCAGCCUGGCGGCAAGGUUUGCCUCACAUGUGGCAUCGAUGUCAGCCCCAAGUGGCAUCCAAUCGACCAGACGCAGGAGCGUGAACGAACCAACGGCUACUUCGGCAAUCUGGGUUCAGAGGCACAGAAGUUUGUCGAGCAGCGGAGCUUCCAGUGCCACAAAUGCAAGAAGACAGGCCGGCAACCAGUUAUUCACUCACCGCCUGUCAAGGAAUCGACACCCCCUCCAGAGCCCGCUCGUCAGGCCUCACAAGCAGCAGCUGCUGCGAUGCUGCCAGCUGUGCGUGCGGAAGAGCCGAGACAUUCUAGAGGGACGCUUGGAUGGCCCCCGGUCCCGGGCCCUUCUCCUGCUGUGCAGGCUCCGGUUCUUCAGGCUCCCGCACCGAGCCCUGUCGCCCACCCGGUUGGACCUCCCGCGGUACUGGCUCAGCCGGUGGCUCCGCCUCCGCUACCGCCAACUAUCGCCCCGCGGGCACCUCCGAUACAGCCUCCACCGUCGUAUGGACCGCCCCCUCGGCCCUUCGACUGGCAUCGGCCGCCGACAGGCCAUGGCCCGCCACCGCUCCAUCCGUCGCGCGAUGUCAACGGCCGCCCAUCCCCACCCCCGAGCUCCAUCCCGCCGCUCGCGCCACCUAACCAUCUCCGGCCCCCCGUCAUGAGCAUGUCACAUCCGGCAGUGCAAUCGCCACCGGCAAGCCAUAUGGCGCAACCUUCAUUUGUAAAUGGUGUGCCGCCGUCACCACACCACCUCAGUGGACCUCCCCCGCCAUCGCCCAACGGCGGCCCAUACCAUCACCACGCCCACCCGCCGGCGGAUCUACGACCCCAUCACAUGGUCAUGAACCCGAUUCCGCCCGUCGUAUCGGGCGCACCGCCCCCGCAGGAACUCUCACCGCCGCUUAAUUAUCUCAGACAGUGGGGACACCAGAACAGCCAUCACCACGGCGGCCCGCAUCAUCACGGCAGCCCGCCGCCGCCGCCCCUGAGAGACACCGGUUCUUCGGGUCAUCCUCCGGGUCCAUCUCCGCCGCCGAUGGGACACCGUGAGUCGGCUCAUCAGCCAGUCGGUCCGUCACAUCAGAGGGAGAAUCGGCCUGCUACCGGAGCCAGUGCGAGCCCGUCGUUGAGGAACCUGCUCUCCUAGUGGGACGAAUAUUGGGGACUAGCUUUGUUGCGUUUGGGAGCGGCGAAGUCGGCGAGAAGCUGGGUUGACUAGGACCUUGACAACUUGUAUUAUGAAUGUAUUCUUUUUCUCUUUUCGUUUCCGUUCUCAUGGGUGGGGAGAAUCAGGCAACAAAAAUCUUGUAGACAGCAGCUUUUCAUUUCGUUUUCUCCUCGCA